AUGCCUGCACUACUCUGCUCGGCCCCACUGGCUGAGCCUCUUGCUCAUACCAUCCUCCCUACAGACUCCUCACGCUGCAAGAAACAACAACUCUCCUUCGGACUUGGACUCGGACUCGGAGACAAUUACAACAACAAAGGCAACAACCCAUUCGAUAUCCCCGAGAUCUGCGAUCAGAUCGCCCGCCACCUUGACAGACACACCCUCACGGUCGUCGUCCAGGUCUCGUCUCACUGGUACACUCACUGGAUCCGGCAUCUCUGGAGACGAGUCCGAGUCGAAUCAGGAACAGUAGCCGACAAGAGUCGGGAGAUGUUGCAGGCCUUUCCUCAACUCAGCCAACAUAUCCGCCACCUCGAAUGGAUCCAUCUCUCUUCAUCCUCUUCUUCUUCGUCGCCCUCCUCCACAGGGGACUCGAUUCUGGACUCAAUCGAUCUUUCCAACUUGAACGCCGAGACAAUCCUUCUUUCUAGCUGGACCACUGAACUCGAUGCUGCAACACUCUCAAGGUUCACCCAGUCCUCAGCACAUCGACUCUCGGCGUUGCAGAUGUAUAAUAUGGCGCAGGUCCGGGGGGAUCUGUUGAAGGUUGCUGGAACUCUUCCACAACUCCGUCACUUUACGCUGUCCUUAACCGAUCGGGAUUCCUAUCGUCAUAACCAUAACCGUCAGCGGUCUAAUGCUUCUUCGGUGGGCUCUCUGGUUUUGGCUUCGGCUUUGCCCACUGACUCGGAGGGAGCUGAAGAAGAAGCGGAGUUGGUGCAGCAGGUUACCAGUGCCGAUUCCUUGCCCGAUUUGAUGGAUGCUUGCCCCCAAUUGAGGAUGAUUGAGAUCCUGGACUUGCCCCUUCCUUCACCGGGUGCAUCCACAUCAGCUGUUGUCGUCUCCGAUAAUCAAGGGGACCAGGAGGACCAGGACCAGGACCAUGAGCUGGAAGAACUUACAUUGUCGGAGAAGGUUGCCCCUAACUGGGUCUCCAUGCAGCACCUUACAACAAUCAACCUCCAUGCGACCGCCAUCUCCGGAUCCACCCUCACUGCCCUGUUCGCCCGCACCCCGCAACUCGUCAAACUGAACCUCGGCCAAAACACUCCCUUGUAUCUCACAGAUUUCCACCUCGACCCUUCCCUUUGCAUGACCCAGCUUUCGACAUUGAUCCUGUCAGGAUGCCAUUUUUUGGACGGACAUGGAUACAAGGAGAUCUUCAAGGCUUCACCCAACCUCCUCCACCUUGACAUCCCUCAGACCAACGUCGAUGAUGCUGCGUUGGCGGUCCUGGGUCAUCAGUGUUUGGGAUUGACGGAUCUGAACUUGGAUGGGUGCUUCCAGAUCACUGACCAGGGCAUCCGCGACAUGCUCUCCCACCCUCGCCCCACUUCCUCUUCUUCUUCUACCAACAACAACAACAACAACAACAACUCGGAGGAUGGAUCGGUGCAGGAACGGUAUGAGAACCGUCGGUUACAGUGUCUGUCGGUCUCAAACUGCACAGAGUUGACAGGGCAGGGGAUCCAUCACAUCUUGAUGACUUGCGGGCGGUUGAGGAGCUUGGAGUUCCAGCAGCCCGAGAUCAUGCCCGAGAGUCUGUUCCCUCAUACUCUUGAGACUGACGAUGACGACGACCAGCAGCUGGAGGAGAACCCAUCCGCACCUUCUACCACUACCACCACCGAACAGGACCAGGAACAGGACGAGUCCACCACUGUCGCAGCAACAGUAUACCCAUUACCCGAAGUUGCUGUCGACACCACCACCGCCCUUCCCACGCCAACAACAACUACCACACCUUCAGUAUCAUGGGCGUGCCAAGGAUCCCUCGAACUCCUCCGAAUCAAGAACCUCAACACCAUCAACUCCUCCCAAACCCACUUCCUCAACGCCCGCCUCCGCGAACUCUCUAAUCUCAAAGCCCUCCACAUUGGUGGCUCCCAACUCGAACUCUCGAUCCUCAACGGCUUGGGCCAUCAAUUGGAGAAUCUGUAUAUUGAUGAUUUGGCGAGGGAGGUGGAUGUGGAUGAUGUGAGGUGGUUGGUGGAUCAUACACCCAACUUGACUAGACUUUGGUGUCGCCAGUUGAUUCGGCAUUCGGAGCCGUGGAAGAUGCUCAGGGCUGCAAGGACCCAUCUCAAGUUAUGGUAG